AAAAGACAUAUUGGCCAUAAAUUGGUGCGGAAAGGAGCCAAAGUGCAACAUAAAAGCGUGCAAAAUGCAGGAAGUUAAAUGUUUCGGACCCAAAAUUUCUUGAGGGAGGACGCCCAUGCUUCUUCUUCACGUGUCACCCUAAUACUCAGAUAAAAUGUUUGAAAAAAGUGAAAAAGAAAGAUUAUCAAAGUGCGACACAAAUACGCGCUCACCUGAGGAAUGCCUUUUACGCACACAAACACUCUGCAUGCCACAGAGUGAAACUGGUGACUGACAAGGAAAAAAACCUUAAUUAUUUACUCUUAAGGUCCACUCGGUUUGAAAUGACGUCGUUCACAUGAAACCGCGUCAAGGGCAAAAGAGUAAUCGGUGCAGACAAGAAGUUCCUGGAAACAGCGCGGAGAGCUGGGACGCUUCAAACACACAGAUUCCUCGGAGGCUUGACUUCUGUGCUCAGUUUACAGCCUUCAGCAGAAACACACUGAGAGAGAAACUCUGCCGUUGAUCUCUUAUGCAGAUCACAGUCACAGCUCCGAGGACUGGAGCAGACAUUUAUCCUGACAUGUCACUUUGGGGAAAGUGUUUGCGACAACAAUAGGUAUGAGCCUUGGAUUACUGCUUUCUGAGUAAAGCAAACUUUACAAUAACUUGGCUUCCCAACUUUCCGGUGCUUCAGCCAUGAGUGGAAAAGGUUGUCAGCUGCUGGUGUCUCCUUGUAGCGUGUCUCCAUCGCUGAGCAUGAUCAGAGGACACCAGUCCCAGUCCAUCAGGAUGCCCCUGUCCUCCCCACAAAGGACAAACCUCAGUGUCUCCUCGGGGAGAAUGGACAAAGCAAAAAGAGGGGCCAUCCAUGACUUAACUGCUGGGAAACAGAGCGGAAACCACGUCGUCCUGCCAAACCUGAGCCUCCGCAGAAGGGUGUUGACCAACGGGAAGCAUCUCAGCAUGUCCACUGCUUCACCUGCUGCUCAUCAUCCUCACAACGCAACAGGGACGACUAAUGCACAGACACGACUCCGCUCCUUUAAUAAUAGCUUCAAAGAUUGCCCUGCGUCUGGUCCUGCCAUGGAUGUGUUUGGUCAAGCAGCUGGUGUUAACCUAACAGUGACCAACAGUCCCAUGGCAGUAGUCACAGGCCAACCAUAUACCGCUGGGCCUGUAGCACCUCAUCCUCCAUCGCAGGCUCACAGCGUUCCCCACAUGGAUGCCAGAUCUGUGCUGUCCAGAGAAUCCCUGGCAUCCACCACCCUCAGCCUGUUUGAAACGCAGUCGAUGUUUAGUGGCAGACAUGACUGGCCAUAUGGUUACCGUGUGCUUCCUCCCCUGGGAUUACCUCAGAGCUCCACUCAGGCCAGUGAAGGUGUGGAGCAGCUCAGCCUUUCGCCCGGCACGACCGUAUCAGGCGGCACGAGCACCUCCGCCUCCCUGCCCUCGUAUCUCUUCGGAGGUGAGGUCGGAAGCCCCAGACAGUCUCGUGCGAAGAAGAGAGCCCUCUCCAUGUCACCUCUCUCCGAUGUCAUGGGCAUCGAUUUCAACUCCAUUAUACGCACCUCGCCUACCUCGCUCGUGGCUUACAUCAAUGGCUCCCGCAGCUCCCCGGCCUCCCAUCCCACGCUCUCGCCCAUUCAGUCGGAGAGCUACGGUCACUUUCUGGGUGUGAGGGGUCGCUGCAUCCCCCAGACCCAUCCCUACACCAUGCCAGGCUCUUCACAAGCCUUGGCCCCGCAGUCAGAGUGUGGCCGUAUGCAGAUGCUUGAAGAGGGAGGGGGUCUGGAGAGCCAGAUGGCUAACAUGGUGGUGGAGCAGCAGUGCCUCCCCGAUGAAGGAGGGGUGCUGGAGAAGACUUCAGACAGAUGCAGCCAAACCGCCAACAAUAUGCUGCCACCUCUACAGUUAGAGCCAGCUCUGCUGACUUCUAUCCAAGAGGCUGCUACUCCACACGGGCCUCCACCACCCUACCACUCGCACCAGCACAUCCACCUCGCCAGAAUAAAACCCUCUUCUCAGGACGCGCAAGCUCCGAUGGUUCCUCCCAGGCACGGAGUCAGCUUUUUACCCCAGAUCCCGAUGCUGGAAGAAGAAGAGGGAGAGCUAGAUGACUAUGGGGCCCACUGCUGCAGGUGGUUGGACUGUAGCGCGGUGUAUGACCAAAAGGAGGAGCUGGUGAGGCACAUAGAAAAGCUCCAUGUGGACCAGAGGAAGGCUGAGGAUUUUACAUGUUACUGGGUGGGCUGUCCACGCAACUUCAAGCCUUUCAACGCCCGAUACAAACUUCUUAUCCACAUGAGGGUCCAUUCAGGAGAGAAACCCAACAAGUGUUCGUUUGAAGGCUGCAAGAAGGCUUUCUCUCGACUAGAAAAUCUGAAGAUCCACCUGCGGAGCCACACGGGGGAGAAACCCUAUAUGUGUCAGCACCCAGGAUGCCACAAGGCUUUCAGCAACUCAAGUGACCGAGCUAAACACCAGCGCACACACCUGGACACAAAACCUUACGCCUGCCAGGUUCCCGGCUGUGCAAAGCGCUACACUGAUCCCAGCUCCUUGAGGAAACACAUGAAGUCCCAUUCGACAAAAGAACGACAGCUACGGAAGAAGAUGAAAUCCACUGCUGAUGGGACCCAGGAUACGCUGACAGACUGUUUAACCAUCCAUCCUCUACAACCAAGCCUUUCUCCUCUGGCAAGGCUAGACAACAACUUGAACACGUCCCCUGGUGCCUCCCAUGACUCAUACUCUGAUGUUCGACAAGGACAAGACUCCUACAGCAAUCCUCACCUGGCACUGUUGUUCUCCUUACAGGAUAAUUACAGGUUUGUUGAUCCUUCCCCUCACCAGCUCUUCCCUGGGGACCAGUGUGGGCCUCACUCUUCCACCUGCCUCCCACAUCCUCCCACUGGGACAUCCCUGCAGAGCAACUGUGAUCUGAAGCAGCCGCCCAGUCAGCCACCUGAUCUGGCAGAUCACAGCGCAGGAUUUGGUGUCCACGUUCAAGCAGACGAUAUAGCCACUAAUCAAGAAUUACACGAAGGGGAUUUCUUCAACGUAGUGGAUCACUGCACAAACCAAGUCUCCUGCAACUAUACGGAAGGAUGACACUUGUGGGUUUCUUUUCUUUGCACUAUUUUGUAUCACUUUGCCAUUCAAAUCAAAUGCUUAACGGGAAAGACAUGACACUGCGACCUAGUGACAACUUCAUUUAGCAAAAAUAAAAGGAUAUUUGAUGGAAAAAACUGUUUAUGAUACCACUUCAUGCAUCAAAAUGAAGGAACUGACUACACUCUUUGACUAAAUCUCUGUAAAUGUACUAUCUGACUCAACUGGCUUCUCUUAUCCUCAUAAUCGAUGUACAGUAAUGACCAUGCCUACAGGAUUUUAAUGUUUACUCCUUCGGUUUUUAUACAGCUUGUGUAUAAUGUGCAGAAUGUAUUUUUUACGUAGUUUCUGAUGAUGUUUUGCACAAUGUUCAAUACUGCAUUCAAAGCAAAGUAUGCAAGGGAUCAUUUAUUAAGGUUUUUCUUAGAACCAUGGCUUUGUAACUAUAGUAACAAGACAGCCUUACCAUUUCACUGUUCAUACACAUAACCUGUUGAUUGGAUAUACUAACAUGCUGUGAGUACUUCUGCACCUACACUGUGAGGCUGAUUUGUGGCGAUGACCGUCCCUGUGAUUUGAAAAUGUUUUUUGUUCCUCGUACUGCUCAUACUUUAAUUACACUUCACGUUAUUGCCGUGCCCCCCUGCAAGCAUGGAAUAAUGGCGUACAUUUGUGAACCUCUUUUUUUUUCUUCAUUUCAGUUCAUUUUCAUACAAAGGAAAAGGAAAAUUGUGUACACUUGAAAAGCUGUUUGAUCCAGAGAAACUAUUACAGUGAUUAACUGCUUUAACUUUUA